AUGAGCGACGCCCGGGACGCGGAAAAGGACGCCGGCGGCCUCGGCCUCGGCCCCGGCGACGGCGGCAUCUCGGACUCGACCACGGCCACCUCGACGCCGCCCAAGGGGGCGACGCCAACACCGACGCUCGCCGAGCCCGCCGGAGGAAACACAACACCGGCGCCAACGCCUACCGGGGGAACCACAACUACAACACCAGCGCCAACGCCCGCCGCAGCGCCCGCCGUCCCGCCCGAAGAGGGUGUGCGCGGCUGGAUCUGCGUCGUUGGCGCGUGGAUCUGCCUGUUCUGCACCUUCGGCUUCCUCGCGGCCAUCGGCGUGUUCCAGACUGUCUACCAGGAGACGACGCUGCGCGACUACUCGUCGUCGGACAUUGCAUGGAUCUUCUCGGUGCAGCUGGCGCUGAUGUGGGCGCCCGGCCCGCUGUUCGGGCGGCUGAUCGACACCUUCGGCCCGGCCCCCGUGCUGUACCCUGGCGCCGCGCUGUGCGUCUUCGCCCUGUGCAUGACUAGCCUGUCCACCCGCUACUACCAGAUCUUCCUCAGCCAGGGCCUCGUGUUUGGCGUCGGGUCCGGCGCUGUCUUCACUGCCGGUCUGGUCUGUGUUGGACAGUGGUUCGUCAGGCGGCGGGGCCUGGCCGGCGGCAUCGCGGCGUCGGGCAGCAGCAUGGGCGGCGUCGUCUUCCCCGUGAUGCUGAACCGGCUGCAGGCCGACAUCGGCCUGCCCGGUGCCCUGCGUUACAGUGCCCUGCUGAUCGGCGUGCUGCUGGCCUCGUCCAUCUUCAUGGUGCGCGCACGCCUGCCGCCCAAGAGGUGGGACCCCAAGGUCAAGUGGUUCGACUUCUCCCUGUUUGGCCAGAAGCAGUUUGGCCUCUACUCGGCCGGCACUUUCCUGACCAUGUGGGGGCUCUGGGGGCCCUUCGACUUCAUCUCCAGCAUGGCGCUGCAGCAGGGCUUCUCGCCGGACCUGGCCCUCGGGCUGGUGUCUAUCAUCAACGCCACGUCCAUCCCCGGCCGCGUGCUGCCGCCCUUCUACGCCGACCGCAUCGGCUGCUUCAACGUCAUCACGGGCUGCUCGCUGCUGACGGGCGCGUCGAUCCUGGCGCUGUGGCUGCCCUUCAACUACCACGCGUCGCACGCUGGUGUCAUCGUGUUCGCGGCCGUCUACGGCUUCGCUAGCGGCGCCUUUGUGUCGCUGCUGAUGCCGUGCGCCGCUAAGGCCGGCAGCAUCGAGACCAUCGGCCAGCGUUUUGGGACUUUCCAGGUCGUCAUGGCUCUCUCCACUCUCACGGGCCUGCCCAUCAUGGGCGCCAUCCUGGGCCGCCAGAACAACACCGAUUUCUCUGGCCUGCAGCUGUUCUCGGGCGUGUCUUGCCUGGCGGGAGGCGCACUGCUUAUUCCGGCCACGUAUUUCCUGCGGCUGCAGCUCGGCACGUGGAAGGCGUGA